AGAUUCAUAUCAAUGAUAUAGUUCUCUAGAAAAAAAAUCAGAAAAGAAAAGAGAUCCUUUUUUUCCCACAUCCAUUAAUAGUGAGAAGAAAAGAAGACAAAUAUGUUACAAGCUCUAACGGGACUCCAAUUUCAACAGAAAGAACAAUUAGGAGAAAAGGAGAGGAGACUUCAACUCAGCCAGGAAUCCAGGGCCCGGCGUACACAGUUCCACAUGCAAUUUUCAUGCAAACCAAUGUUUCAGAGACUUUUCUCAGUAAGACCAGAAAUUUCUUCAAGUCAAUUACCAUCUUUUUCUAAGGUCUCAGCACACCUGGAAAGUCCUGCCAAGUCCCAGCUACAGAAAGUGCAGAGACAAGUAAAACCCUUCAUGACCCUUGACUACCAAAUCGUCAACCAGACUCUUAAACGGUCACAACCUCCAACGCCAAGCAGUGCGCUUCUGCUACAGCAUGGGCACCCUUCUCCCGAGAGUGACACUGGCCUUACUGGAAAUCCACUCACCAAGUUACUAACUCUUGGGAAAGAAGAUGACAAUGUGGAAUGGCAUAUGGAAGACGUUAUUGAGGAUAUAAUCGGUAUGGAAUCAAGUUUUAAAGAGGAAGGAACAGACUCUCCUCUGCUAAUGCAAAGAACAUUAUCUGGAAGUAUUUUGGAUGUGUAUAGUGGUGAUCAGGGAAUUUCUCCAGUUAAUAUGGGCCUUACAAGUGCUUCCUGUCCAGGUAGUCUGCCAAUGAAAAGAGAAAUUACAGAAACAGAUACACGAGCUUUGGCAAAAGAGAGACAAAAAAAGGACAACCACAAUCUCAUUGAAAGAAGAAGAAGGUAUAACAUUAAUUACCGAAUCAAGGAGCUUGGCACUCUUAUUCCAAAGUCUAAUGAUCCUGAUACGCGCUGGAACAAAGGAACCAUUCUGAAAGCAUCAGUGGAGUACAUCAAGUGGCUACAAAAAGAACAACAGAGAGCUCGAGAAUUAGAACACAGACAGAAGAAAUUAGAGCAGGCUAACAGGCGGCUUCUACUCCGAAUUCAGGAACUAGAAAUACAGGCUCGUGCUCAUGGUCUGCCAGCCCUGGCUUCACUUGGCACAGUUGAUUUAGGUGCUCAUGUCACCAAACAACAGACCCAUCUUGAGCAGAAUUCAGUAGACUAUUGCCAACAACUGACUCUGUCUCAGGGGACCAGCCCUGAGCUCUGUGAUCAAGCUAUGGCCUUCUCUGAUCCUUUGUCACACUUCACAGAUUUAUCAUUUAGUGCCUCUUUGAAAGAGGAACAAAGAUUGAAUGACAUGCUACUGGAUGACACAGUAUCUCCAUUUGGAACAGAUCCUCUGCUGUCUGCCACUUCCCCUGCAGUUUCCAAAGAAAGCAGUAGGAGAAGUAGUCUUAGCUCAGAUGAUGGCGAUGAGUUAUAAAAAACAGACAGGCUCGAUUCAUCAACUGGGAAGCAAUUCUACGCAGGUGCUAUGCAAUUACGUUCUGUUUCAUAUAUUGCUUUGGCUUAAUUUUUCCAAAAGGAAUAUACCGUUCAAGAGAAACUGAUUAUAAACGACAGAAGAAUUCACAGGAAGAAGAAACAUGGCAUUGAAGAUUAUUGAGAACAAAAAAGGAAUUUUUCCUCUUUGACUAAGAUGUCUAAAUCUGCUUAAAUUUUGUUUUCCUGGAAAGAGGUACAACAUAAGAAAUAGCUCUCUACUGAUGUUUUAAAAGUAGCAAUGGAGUGAUGUACCAUUGAAACUAACACACUGCAGGGAGUAAACCUACUGAAAUAUACAAACCUUUUCUUAUUCACUUCUAACUCCUUCCUAGUCCAGUCUUACCUUAGUUUUCAAGUAUCAAGCUCAACAGACUUGGUAGUUCAUUGCCUUUCUCCACUAUCUAAUGGGAUGUGUUGGUUAAAGUUCAAAUUUGAUAGAGGAAAUAGUUAAAAGACACUGUUAUCUGUCACUUCUAAUUGAAAAGUGAAUCUAUAAUGAACAUUAAAAUUUUCCGCAAUAAAAUACCAAAAAUAUAUAAAAACUUUGCUUUCUAAAAUUAGGCCCUAAUUCCUUUAGUCAGUUCAAUUAUAGUAAUUCUAAGAAUAUCUUUGCAUAUUUAUGGAGACAUUCUAUGUUCAAAGAAGGAACACACUGAAUACUUUCCUUAAGAAUCUGCACUGAAAAUUUACCACUUCACACAAACAUCACUUACACACAGGCACACAAUGUAGGUAGUAUAUUUCCUUUUUGUUUUCCUUCACUUUUGUGAUUUUCUAAUCAGCAUCAGAAACCACAGUCCAAAUCCUCUCUUCUUCAACAAAAAGAGAUGUUGGAUAAUCAAUUUCAGUAAGUAAAAUACACACACACACACACACACACACACACACACAUACACACCCCUACUAUGAGAAUUCCUCAGCUAUCUAAAAUUUAUCACAGUCUCUAAAAAUGCAUUUAAAUUAAUUAAGUGAUACCGUUUUGCUCCAAAUUGACAACAUGGAAAAUUAGUUUUCCAACUGACAAAAUCAUUUGUAAAACAGACUCUUUGUUAUUACAUUGAGCUCUGACUGGAGGACAAAUCUCCAUUCCCAUAAGUACUUAGAGCACCCUCUGACUUUGCUAGCUAUGUUAGUAUUUGUUAAAAAUUGUGUGACUAUAAUGCUUUAUUCAAAAUUUUCUCUUUUGAGCUUGGGAUUGGGGUUGACCUACCAAGGCUGUUGCUCAGUGCUGGACUUCUAUGAUUGCUCAUCUGAUCAAUGAGUAUUUUAUGGAGAGAUACUCAAACUGCAAUGCAUCCUGUGAAAAUGUAGAACACAUGAGCAAGAUAUGGUCUUACUCCUCAGAGAGUAACAAGACUGCAUGAGAAACAACAGCAGAAGAUAGAAGACACACGAAUUAAAGUCUACAUGGUACAGUAUAAGCUGUAAAUAUAGAAGGUCAGAGAAAAUGAAAAUGAAUAAAGGUUGGAGAAUCACAAACCUCUACGGGAAGGUAGAAUGUAACUUAUUUUAAAAUCAUAAAUUUGGAUAAGGAGAAGGCAUAUUAGAGAAUAAUAUCAACCAAAUGGUAAAAGUGAGAAUAAGUUGAGGAUGUGUCUUCAUGGGACAUUCGUUAGAAAGUUCCGGCCACCCUAGAAGAUGCCAGCUUGAAAGUCCUGGAAAAUAAUAUUGGCAACAUGUUGUACAAGACCUUGAAUACUAGAAUGAAAUGAUAUGGUAUAAAUUGAAUUUUUUUUUUACUGGAAGAGAGAAGCCUAAAAAUUAAAAUGCUACUGUACAUUACUAAAGUAAUUUGGAGAUAAUCUUUCUUGACUAUUAACUUUGGGAUAAAUUUUUGAAAGGGUGCUUUAGGUAUUACAUAUAGGGAACUAUGUCAUCAUGAA